AUCGGACAGCACUAUGUUGGAGAGCCAUGGCGGUGAAACAAAUGACAUGGUUGGGGAUCUAAAUUACACAGAGCAGAAGAACCGGCGCCUGUAGACACUGAGAUAUCUGCGGAGAUGAGCGCGGGGAUUCGAGGCAAUGUAUCAGAGUGACUCUGAAGGGCUCAUGCCGUUGUCCGAUUGAGGAUACAGGACCACGGAUCUAAGAUACAGUUUUAAAGUAAAAGAACAUUUUGAAAGUCAUCGAAAAUGAUCAAAGCAGAGAGCAAGGGUGAACGCACCCUGCGGAGCGCGUCCCCGCAUAGAAAUGCAUACAAGUCGGACUUCCACGCCAUUAAGUGCUCUUUUGAUGGGACCAAAUCCGACAGCGAGGCCAAAUCUUAUGCUAAUGGAGCCAGCGACCCCCGGGAGGACACUAGAGGGAGGCCGUUUGGCAACCGGGUCAACAAAAUAAAGAACAUUUUCCUGCAAAUGGACGGCCAGCAACCGCCGGAGAGUCAGGAGGUGAAACCAGCACACAAAACAGAUGCAUCUCCUGUAUCCCCAGUGUCCAAGCUCCCGGCCAGCACUCAAAAAACCUGCCUCAGUAGCGCCAACAACCAAGAACCGCAAAAUGCGGACAGAACUCCAAAGGGAGAGGAAGUCGAGAUAGAUAAAGUCGCCCUGGCGGAAAAGUUUUCAGUUACCAGAAAGCUCUUUGAGAGAGGGAUAAAAGAGCAGCCUGCCGCAGAGAGGCCGGUGCCCGGCAGAGUUUCUACUCGUCUGUCCCAAGGGAAGGUUCCUGAGGAGGGGCGUGGGGCCCGGAGGUCCUUCGGAUCUUCUGAAAAUAGCAGCAAUAGUGGCAUCAAAAGCCCGACGUCACCCGUGAGGAGUGCCCCAGAGGAAAGGAGGGACCUUGAGGACUCAAAACAGGUCAAUAGACUAUCACUUAACGCCGGGCCUAUUUCUAGGCGGUUGGAGAACUUCAUUGUGGAUGGCGACAAAGAAGAGCCAGAGCAAGUUUCCGCUAAAAGUCCUACUGAGCGCUCGCUGCCGUCACCGUUAAGAGGGAGUUUCCAAAAACCCACCUCGCCUGGUACUGAUCCAGCACACAAACCCACGUCCCCAACUUCCGACACAUCACCCAAAUCAUUCUCGCCUAAAACGGACUCGGUAGCCAACAGCCCUCCGUUCAAGUCCAUCAGCCCGGUUUCAUACAAACCGCCCUCUCCGACCAGCAGAAGCCCCGGUGAGCCUCUUUCGCCCAUUGCUCAUAGCCCGUUUAAACGUUCUCCGUCAACUGGAAAUGAAUCUACGACAAAUGAGCCGCCUCAACUUAGUAGUACCCCUGCAAAAGAUCUCAAAUCUUCAACCUCAGCUAACAGCUUAUAUAAACAGCCCUGGAGCCCUGAGGAGGCAAAAAGUGAAAACCACAUUAUUCGCAGUCCGUCUGUUGACGAGCAGGACCCACAGUGUCUGGACCCUACUGGAGCAGGAGUGGUAAGGGCUGAGCUGGUUGUGGUCCAAAACGAGUCUUCAGAAAGCGAGGAGAAUGAUGAAGAGUUUUUGGAGGAUGCUAUGACUGAGGUGAAGCUGCAAAGGGAACUUAAAUCUGAGGCGCCGAGAGAAGAUGUGACUGAUGCACUGCAAAACCAUACAGAGGACAAACAGCUGGAGAAUGAUGUAGAGCUGAAGAAAGAGGAACCAAAUCAAGAAGAAGAAGAAGAAGAGGAGGAGGAGGAAGAGGAGAUCAUCCAAAAGAGGAAUAGCCGUCAUGAAGAUGAUGAGGAGGAGAGCGAGCAGGAAGAUCCAGACGAAUGCGGGAAAACUUCUCCGGUGUUUUAUAGUUUUGAGAACGCAGCGUUUGUGGAUGAUAAGGAGCCAGUUCAGGAUCAGCAGGAUGAGGAUGAAGAUGAGGUCUAUGAGGAUUAUGAUGAAGCUCCUGGUUUGUCUGAGGAUGAGGAACGGCCUCCAAGAAGGAAAAUUAAAUUCUCCACCGAGCCAAUACGGGUAUACAGCACGUUCUCGAAUGAAGAGUACGACCGGAGGAAUGACGAUGUGGAUCCUGUGGCGGCGUCUGCAGAAUACGAGCUGGAGAAACGGGUGGAGAAGAUGGACGUAUUUCCCGUGGAGAUCGAGAAAGGUGAUAAAGGGCUGGGGAUCAGUAUUAUAGGGAUGGGUGUCGGGGCAGACCAGGGUCUGGAGAAACUGGGCAUCUUCGUCAAGACCAUCACGCAGGAUGGAGCUGCAGAGAGGGAUGGGAGGAUUCAGGUGAAUGAUCAGAUUGUGGAGGUGGACAGCAUCAGUCUGGUGGGUGUGACACAACUCUUUGCUGCGACAGUCCUUAAGAACACAAAGGGAACUGUCAGGUUUCUGAUUGGCCGAGAGAAGCCAGGUACUCAAAGUGAGGUGGCACGACUGAUCAGUGAGACCCUCGAGCAGGAGCGGCAGCAGCAGCAGCAGGUGGAUGACACAUACGAGCAGUCCACUGAAGAGGACGAGCACUACGAGGAUGAGGAGGAAGGUGGGGAGGAUGGCAUCCUUGGUUCGAGUUUCGGCAGGAGGAACGUGGAAGUGUACGACCUGCCCGAGAGCGAGGAAAUGUUCCUGCCAUCAAACAUGGACACCGCUCAAUUAACAUUCAGAUUUAAAGAGCUCCAGAUAAAACACACGAUUGCAGAAGCUGAAGUAGAUGAACUAAAAGAGCGAUUGAGAGAGUCGUCAGAGGAGCGUGUGGCGUGGGAGGCGAGGGAAGCUCAGUUAGAAAGGAGCGUUCAGGAGAACUCUGAGAGAAUCGCUCAGAUGGAGAAGAACUGGCUGGAGGCUCAGGCUCUCUGUAAAAGCAUCAACGAACAACUCAAUGACACGCAGAGCCAGUAUGAAGCUCUGGAUAAAAAAUACAGCAAAGCCAAGAAACUGCUCAAGGACUAUCAGCAAAAAGAGGCGGAGUAUGAGCAGAGGGAGGACGAUUUACGGAGAACUCUGGAGGACAGAGAGGCCAAAUAUAAAACUCAGAUAGAGGAUCUGCAACGCAGAUUGGCAAAGCUUGAAUCUGGCAACGGUCAUCAUGAGUCUACACUGUCGGGCAGUAAGUCUGCAGAUUCAAUUCUGCUGGGAGCGGACUGGAGUGAGAUGGUUCCUGAGACGGAGCGUCUAGACACCAGCGUCCAUCGCGCAAAGGCCCAGCUGGCCCAGAGAUCCAAACGGCCACCGUCUCGCAAUAAACUCAAAGAAACGCUCAGCUCCCCAGCAAGAAGUGCACAGGGUGAUGAUGAGAGUCAGUCUGUGAGUCCCGACUCUCCACCGCCUCGUAGGAGAUCAAUCCAGGAGAGUUUGUCCCUGCCAGUCGUCGUAUCUUCCACUGCAAACCACCCGAAGGAUGAAGGUACUGUUAUGGGCAGCAGCCAAUCAGUGCAGAGGGAUUCUCAAGGCUCCGCCCUCUCCUCCCCUAAAGACUCCUCCCCCUCCAGUUUCCUACGGAAUGUAAAGAAGAGAGAGUCCAAAGGCAAGGGCAAAGAGAUCAAAGACGAGUCUAAUGAUGCAGCUGGAAAAACCAAAAGAAGAUUCCCAGAUUUUGGUGGUUUAAGGAAAUCAGGAGGAAAGGGGAAAAAAAUAAGCAAAGAAGCUACAAGGGCAUCACUGGACAGCAGGGGUUCAGCGGAGUUACUGGAGGAGUCAGGGGUCCGAGUCUCCCCUUCAGAGUCCAUGACCUCCAUCCCCACCUGCAUGCCCUUCUCCUGGUUUGGAGAAAAAGACAAAGAGCGAGACAGAGAGCCAUCAUCCUCGUCCAGCAGUCUCCCACACACCGCUGCAGAUGCCAGCGAACACAGCCACAACUCCAAAAACAAGACAAACCUCUCCUGGUCUUCUCUGUUCAGUCGCUCCUUAGAUUUGAGUUUGUCAGUGCUAGAUGAUUCGAACCACAGCAGUCCUGCUUCAGAUUUUUGUGGGCUGGUGGUGGAGCCCAACCUGUCAGGCCGUUCUCAUACGUUAACCUUCUCCUCCACCGAGAUGCUGGAUGAGGAGCCUUGUCCUGGAGGGAAGGAAUAUCAUUGGCAGAACCGUCCUGUCUCUGACUGGACGUCCCAGCAGGUGUGUCAUUGGCUGAUGGGUAUGAACAUGGAUCAGUACACACCAGAGUUCAGCACACAGGCCAUCGAUGGGCACCAGCUUCUCAACCUGGACAGUGACAGACUGAAGGCUCUGGGUGUGUCCAGUCAGAAUGACCGAGCCAUCAUCAAGAAGAAACUGAAGGAGAUGAAGAAAGCACAAGAGAAGAUGGAGAAACAGCGAGAAAAACGUGAGAAAGAGGCGAGACGCAGCGGACGGCUGCCUGCUAGCACUGACUCCAUGUGCUGAUUAUGUUCAGUGCAUUACAUUUUCUUAUUUUCUCCAUCUUUACACUUUAAGUCUUGACACACUCCAGCGAGACUGUUACCACUCCCUCCAACACACGUGAGCCUUUCUAGAGGAGUUGCUAUGAUGAAUAUGGAUGAAUACGGUCAGUAACUCAAUAAUAACAGUCAGACGGUCAACAGUCAACACUAAUGAAGCUGCUUUAUAUGAGACUACAUUUUACUUUUUCACUUUAGUCUGUGCAGCACAAAUAUGAGCAGAAAUAUCCUGUUCAUCUACAGGUAGUGAAUUUACUAAGAAAAGUGUUUACAGACUGUACCCAUCUUUGGGCCUGUUGCCUUCACUGUAAAAAAAAAAAAAAAAAAAGAUGUAUUUUUUUAAAUCAGUAUUUUAAAUUUUUUCAGUAAAAUCCCAACAUCCCUAAAACAAGAUAAAUGUAUUUGCAUAAGAAGAAAUGUUACAUGUUCAGAUUUUUAGAGAAUAUACAAAAUGUUUAUUUUUGCCCAAAGCUUAAAUUUCAAAUGAAGAAAAUGCAUUUUAGAUGCAUCUUCUUAAAAUAAGCAAAUUAUCAGAUGUCCAUCUUAAGAACGUUUAGAUCGUUUUACUAGAAAAAAAAGACAAAAUACUGAUUAAGAAAAUUAUUUUUGCAGUGUUCUGAGAGACUAGCUUGUAAGAAAAUGAAUAUGGCUGUCCAAUUCAUAGCAGACCAAAACUUUUGUUAGUUUUAACUGUAUUUUAUGAUACCACUGUAGGGGCUAUAAAAGAAACUUGCUAAGGGAUAUAUAAAUAUUUAGAUGCCUAUUUUCACAACUUUGCCACUAAUAUCGUGGCACGAAUAGUGCUUUUAAAAGAUUUCAUAUUGUAUUUUAGAAGUACUUUUGUAGCCUGUGGUGCUAAGCAGGUUAUUUCGCUGGAUCCUUGUACAGUUGAGUGAUAUUGAGCACUAUAUUUUUACUAAAACAAAGGGGAACAUGGUUUAUAAAUGUACAAAUGAAAAAUUUUAUACACAACUACUAGCAUAGCUUUAAGGAAGUGACGUUAACUUUUGUACACAUUUUCUACUAAGUAGAAUAGCUUGUUGGUUAAAACCAUUUUGCUAAUUCUGAAAAGCAGAGAGUGAAACUCAAAGUAAAAAGUGUUUGUACAUCUCGUUUGUUGUUUUUAUUUGGACGGUUACUGCUUUUAUAUUAUGGAUAUGGCUCACAAAUGCAUAACUGUUACAAAGUGUAGCAUAGUUUUAUUAGUGGCCAUGGCGCAAAAUGUAUUUGACUAACAGAGGGUGUAAUGAAUUUAAGUACUGGAUUAUCAUCUGAUUGUAAGCGUCGUUUUAAAAGAGACGCCACCUGUGCUCAUAUCAUCGUGAUUCUGUGUCCUGUGGUUAUAUUUUUCUACCUUGUGAAACAGAUGAUUUUGAACAGACGAAAAUCAAGCUUUCUAUCUGGUACAAAGUGCAUAAGCUGCAAAAUAAAUGCUUUCACCUCUUGUAAAAGAAAAGACU